AUGGAGAGUGACGACAUGGACGUGGCUGGUUCUGGAGGAGGUCCUGUGAAUUCAAGAUGGAACCCAACGAAGGAGCAGAUUAGCAUGCUCGAGAGCUACUAUAGCCAAGGUAUACGGACCCCAAGUACUGAAAUGAUAGAGCAAAUAACGAGCAGGCUCAAAGCUUAUGGUCACAUAGAAGGGAAGAAUGUAUUUUACUGGUUUCAAAAUCACAAGGCAAGGCAAAGACAGAAGCAGAAACAAGAGAGCAUGGCUUAUAUCAAUAACUAUCUUCACAAGGUUCAUCAACCUGUGUUUGCACCUCCUUGCGCAAAUGUUGUCUGCAGCCCAUACUACCUCCCACGGAACGAAAUGAUGGGGUUUUGUCAGCAGCAUCCGAAAAUGCUACUCCCUAGUAAUUUCAAGAUGAGGCCGAGGUCUGAAACAAGAACCUAUGCUUUUAAGGAAUAUGAACCGGCUGUAUCUCAAGAGUACCACAAUCAUAUGACGAUGACCAAGGGUGAGAGGAACCUGGUGACCAUCAACAACAAGAGCAGCUGUUCUGAUCAAGAAACUUUGCCUCUCUUUCCUUUGCACCCAACAAGAGUUCUAGAAGGAGCAGCAUCUAUUGGUUCUCUUGGUUCAACUUCUGAUGAGAAUUCCAUUAACAUUCCUAGCUCCGCUGAUCAGACUACAACUUGCAUUGAACACCAAUCUGGUGAUUGCAGACCUUUCUUUGAUUUCUUCUCUGGAAAAGAUCUUGAACCUUGA